UUCAACCACGCGAUUGUUUGCCUGCGAACAUAAAACCGAAACAUUGAAGCGUUUAAGACAAAUCUUGUGUAUAUUACUCUUGGUGUUUUAAACAGAAUUCUGUUUACCUAUCUACUAGUUCAUUGAAACGUGGAUUGCUUGUUAAAUUAGCAAAUGUGUUAAAUUGAUAUUGCACUAGGCUAAUCUCCCGGAGCAUGAGCUCACUAAGGUCGACGCAGAUAGAAGCCCUGGUGAACGGAGAGGAAGAAGCUUUCAGGAUGAAAAGGGAGGAAGAGGAUGCUAUCACAUUGAAAGAAGAAGAGGAUGAUAUUACAGUAAAAGAGGAAGAUGGGAAAGAGGUUGUCAGAGUGAAAGAGGAGGAAGUAGAAGCUUUCAGAAUCAAAAAGGAUGAAGAUGCCAUAACAUUGAAAGAAGAGGAAGAACCUUUUGGAGUAAAAGAGGAAGAGGAGGCUAUCUCAAUAAAAGAGGAGGAAGACGUUUUAGGAGUGAAAGCGGAGGAGACUGAAGAACCGAUUAACACCAGAGAGAGACAUGACUAUCCUGGAUCCUCUGGGGAGCCUCAACAACAUCCUGAUGCUGACGAGGCAGAGAAGAGUCUCUCCAGAUCAGAACACCAGAUGGACAACACAAGCCCUUCCUCCCUCCCGGAGUCCCCAUGUCAUGCCUCUCCUGGUAGCACCUUACUGCUGGGUAUGAAGAGGUUGUCUGUGCUGCUGGUGGACUGCAGGAAAACAACGGGGCUGAGUGGAACUGUGAGAGGUGGAGAAGAAAGGAUCAGAUUUAACUCGUCACAAAUUUCAAGGGCCAUGGAGAGCUCACCGGCCGCCGCCGGAACCACGACGCAUUCCAGGGCUUGGGCCCCUCUCUCGGUGCGAACCCAUUCCAGGGCUUGGGCCCCUCUCUCGGGGCGAAAACAAAGAAGGAUCCCUAUUGUGUGCAGAUUUUGCAUGAAGAACCAGGAAAAUAUCUCUAUACAUCUCAGCAGAGUGUGCAUGAAGACAGAAUCAAAACAAAAGAUUGAUCAGGAAGUUCGUAAUUCCCGCGAUUCCAUGAUAGACCAUCUUUGGCACGGCAGGAUCAUUGACUACAGAAUACUCAGCUCUAUUGUGACACAACAGGACGCACUCCAACCUCUGAUUAAGAAUCGUGAACAAAUGGGUCAUUUUGUUACGAACAAGCCAGAAGACAAACAAAUAACUGGCCAAGUGGAAGUGGCUCAAUUGUUGGCACCAACUACAGAUGAAAAUAUAGAUGAAGACUCACACGUCAACAUGGACGAUGACCAGUCGGCGUUGUACCAACCACCAUUGAACCAGUCAUGUGACACCACACUGAGAAAGGGGAUGCAAAGCAGUGGUUUAUACCAAAAGCAUCCUCUGGAUUGUGAUCUGCUGGCUGGAUUUGGGAAAUAUCUCCGCUACGACAAUAACAUUCCCAAUUUCAAACAGGAGGUUGCAAAUGUGUCAAGGUUUUUGUUUUACAUGGACUCAAACAAACCAUCGCUGGAUUUUCUUAGUAACUUGGAUAAAAGCAGAUCAUUUUUUACCAAGCUUGCAGACAUUGGACAGAAGAAGCAAACCAUUGCCAACUACAUGAAGAAUUUGAAGAGAUUUAUUCGCUACAUAAUCACCAUUACAGACAGAGCCGUGUUUGAGCAAUGCAAGCAUUUCCUCCUAUGCUUGAAUGAACUGCAGAAGUCCAUGAGCAAGCAGGUGUCUCGGGAAAUGACUGGGAAAGGAUACAUACAGAUGGUGUCAGUUGCGAAGACACCAAAAGAAUGUUGGGAAAUUUUGAGGGUGGCGAAGAAAGAAUUUGUGUGUAUCAUUGGGAAGGCCAUGAAUGAAGAAUCCUUGCUGGAAACUGAACAACUGCAUGUUCUGUACUACCUUGAGUCUCUGCUCAUGCUGAAACAUCUCCAAAGGGCUGGAGUGAUCAAACAUUUGACCCUGAGCGAAUGGCUCUCAAGGAGCGCCUGCAAGCUGCCAGAUGGGGAGAAUUGGACUGUCAUCGGUGUUAAGAAGCACAAAACAGCAACGCAGCAAGUUGCAACCAUUUUGUUAGAUGAGGAGGAAGAUGCAUGGUUGGAUGUGUACUACCGACAUGUUCGACCAGCUUUUCUUAAAAACUCUGAUGACAUGCAAGAAGAUGAAAGAUUCUUCAUUUCCACAACCGGGAAACCGGUCUACAACCCAUCCAAUGACCUACAAAGGUUUCAUGCCAAAUACAACUUGCCCAACAUCACGAGCCAAGUAGCAGGACAAGUUUUGGAGACAAAUACCAAAGCCAGCUUCACAGACCAAGAGAAGUCCCUUGUUGCUGACUACUUGGCCCAUAAAACUGCUACAGCUGAAAAGCAUUACUGCUUGAAGACAACAGUCAAUGCCUGCAUGGGAAUGAAGCUGAUCUCCAAAGUUGCCAUGUCCAUUGAAUCUGAUAGUGAGACUGCAGGCCCCUCCUGUGCGAGCAGAAGUAGAAAAGGCACAUUGUCCAGCAGCAAAAAGUUGGAUGAGGCACAGACCUGGAAACUCUUCUAUGAACACUUCCCUGUCACAAUUGAUGGACAAUCAAUCAAGACCAAGGACAGACGACUGAUUGCAGGAACACAUGAGAGAUACUGCUAUGACAAGUGGAGAAGCCAGCAAGAGAAAAUGAGACGGGAUAAUGUGAUCGCGCACUUCCCCAGAAGAGAACCCACAGCAAGUCAAGUAGAGAGAUACAUUGAAAGGCAGAACUGGGAGAAGAACAAAGUGAAAGUGGAGACUGUCCUUUGUUACUGGCAACCUUCAAUUAACACGGACGCACCAAAAUACAACAAGGCAAUUAUGAAGCUGGUGAAGUCCCAGAAGUGGAAAGGACUGGACAUUGCCAGUGACCCUGAUAAAGGAAAAAAGGUCAUGACCACACGUCCAUUUGCUAAAGGGGAAGUUGUCUGUGACUACCACGGUCUCCCACUCUCAGGGAAGCAGGGGAAAGAAUUGUUGGAAGCAACAGAGAAUGACGAGAUGGGGUUCCUUUACUUCUACAAGGAUUCAUCAGGGAAAACGUACUGCAUAGAUGCAAAGACUGUGCCCUGUCCUUGCCACCCAGAGAUGGACACAGUUGGACGUAGGAUAAAUCAUUCCAGGAAGAGAAGCAACAUAAAGAGUCAGCUUCAGCAAUUAGAAGAGGACGGCAACGUGUGGAACAUCAUCCUUUUCAUUGCCCUACGAGACAUUCAGGUGCAACAAGAACUGUUAUUUGACUAUGGGGUGUCAAGAAUAUCUUUUGGUGGAGAAGACUUGGAACGGCUUGACAACGAGGUCUGUCAGCUUGAAAUCUGAUGGGCCUCAAAACAACCCCCCUUUGGGUUGUGUGGCGGAGAUAAGAGAGUGACCUUUGGAGGAGGAAAACCGAACUUGAAGGAACCAGCGACGUCCAAACCAGCAAGGCGACACCUCUCCUCCCAUUGUGUAAAAAGUUUUAACCAGUUAGUUAGCUUGAAAAGACACGAGAGGGUACACAUAGGAGCGAAGCCACACUAUUUCUCCCAGUGUGGAAAGCGUUUUACCCAAUUAGGAAGCCUGAAAGAACACAAGGCUGCACACAGGUGAGAAGCAUUACAAAUGCUCAGGCUGUGGGAAGACAUAUUACUCAUCACAGUCACGUAACAUCAUGUGUGAAUCCACACAGGAGAGAAUUAUUACUUCUCCUAGUGUGUAAUUGAUAUUUAACAUCACAUUGACUUAAUGUGAUGAGAACAUACAAAGUGCUCCCAUUGUCUUAUAUUGUUGACUGAUAAUGAUUUCCUGUUUUUACCAUAUGAUAUGUGUGUUUGUCUGGGUGUGUCAUUCCUCCAGCACUACAGAUAAUCAAGUGAUAUUUGGAUGUGAUGCAUUUGCUCCGUUCCAUUGUUGACAUUUGCAUUGUUGGCCCACUGAUGAUUUAAUGAAAUGAAACUGUUCAGACUCUGUAAUGGAAAAUUUUAAUUGUAUGUGUCCACAUAUCUGAGUAUGUGACUAACCUUGUGAAACUGUCCUAUUAUAAUCUCCUGUUCCUGGGAGUAUCAUCCUGUGUUGCAAACCAGCUGCAUCUCCGCCUUUGUAUGAAUAAAGUCCCUCCCAGGAACAGGAAACUAUAAAGAUAUGUGCUCAUCACUCAAUGCUUCAGGAAUUCAGACUGUCUACACUGCACUGUGUAACUCUGUUAUUCUCUCUGAGCUCAGAAAUAAAGAAUCUUGGUUUGA